GUCUGCCAGACCCGAUCAGCGAAAACGAUUUCCAAGUUAGCCUACCAUAACGGGGUGGUGAUAGUGAAGUGUCCCGGCUGCGGGAACCACCACGUCAUCGCCGAUAACCUGGGCUGGUUCUCAGAUCUGGAAGGAAAGCGGAAUAUUGAAGAAAUCCUGGCAGCCAAGGGGGAGAAGGUGAGACGUGUGGCUGGUGAGGAAGCCUUGGAGCUGCUUCUGGAAAGCUCAGCAGACACCAGCUCUCCAGCUCAGCCCACGGAGGGUGAAGGUGGGGAAGCCCCCUCAGAGACUGGUGGCAAGGGGCAGACCUGA